AUGGCUUGUGUUACUAAAUUGCAAGUUGAGAAUAAUGUGUUCCCAUCAAAAGUGGUGAAGCCUCCUAGUUCCAACAAUACCUUUUUCCUUGGUGGAGCAGGACAUAGAGGUUUAGAAGUUGAAGGGAAAUUUGUGAAGUUUAGUGUGAUAGGAGUGUACUUGGAAGAGAAUGUUGUUCCAUUUCUCGCGGUUAAAUGGAAAGGGAGAAGCUCUGAGGAGUUGACAUAUUCACUCGAGUUCUUCAGAGAUAUCGUUACAGGUCCGUUUGAGAAAUUCAUGCGUGUGACGUUGCUGUUGCCCUUGACUGGCAAGCAAUUCUCCGAGAAGGUGGCAGGAAAUUGCGUUGCUAUUAUGAAAGCGAUGGGAAACUACAGUGAUGCAGAGAGACAGGCUAUCGAAAAGUUCCUCAAUGUUUUCCAGAGUGAAACUUUCUCACCUGGUGCUUCCAUCCUUUUUACUCAAUCAGUGGUUGGAUCAUUGACGAUUAGCUUCUCUGACGAUGAUUCAGUUCCUGGCACGGGGAAUGUUGUUAUAGAGAACAAGCCAUUGUCAGAGGCUGUGCUGGAAUCGAUGAUUGGCAAGAACGGAGUUUCCCCUGCAGCAAAGCGUAGUCUUGCUAAAAGAGUAUCAGAGAUGUUGGAAAAGAGCAAUGCUGAGGAGUCUACUUAGGAUUCGAUGUGAUGUCGUUAAGGUUGGCUGAGUAUACUAGACGAAUAAUUUAGCCUAGCUUCUGAGAGUGUGUUUCGAUAAAUAUUUUUGAGUAUGGAAAUAACUAAUGACAAUAAGUGAUGGAAACAUUUCACUGUUUGUUGUGUUUUCAUCUUCUUUCCAAAAUAUGUUUGUGGUUGUAUGCAUCAAGUACUCAAUAAAAAUACUCUCUAUUGAGGUGUUUCACCUUUAUUGAUACUCAUUUGAUAUCAACAAGGUACUUGUUUUAAA